AUGGCUCCCAUUAUGCUGAUGAACACACAUCCCAGGCUGUAUCCCAAGUGGUGGUGGGAUCCGCCGGCGUCUUCAAGCCUGUACAUCCCGCCACCCAGCCGGGAGACAGUGUGUACGCUGCCUGUCUGUGCACGCAAGAUGGUCGACUCACGUGUUCAGAACGCCUCCGAGGCCAUCGUUGAGCGCCAACUCCUCGAGAGCUUCUUUUACAGGGACUUUGCGUGCACACGCGACGUGGUCUGCUCGGAGAGAAAGGUCGUCUUGGCGUUUGCCCAGCUUCCUCAGCACAUGCGCGCCGGUCUGGAAGACCUGCACGUCAUGCUUUGCCGCAUGGUCGUGGCACAUGCCUGCUGCGAAAACCGCAUGGGCCACGCCGCCGACCUCGCUAGGUAUGCGCGCAUGAUCCACGCGCCUGGCCUCGAGGGCAUACUGGACGGCUGGAUGUACGAGCGGUGCGCCACGUACGAGCACUACAAGGCGAUUGUGGAUGACGAAGGCACCGCCCCAGAAGAGCGAAGAACGGCCGAAAUGCGCAUGACGCGCGCGCUUCUGAACCACUUCUACCGCCUGACGGGGCUGACCAACCCCGUCCUCCGCCAAGCGUCACGUUUUACCUCAACCAAGCGCCCUUGUGGUCCGGACGCUAUGGUGGAGGACGAGAAGACGUCCCAUCGUGCUCCGCUCACCAAAAAGCCUAGGCUGUCGCUUGUUACUAAGCCAGCGGCUUGUUUGGGGCCAGAUAUGGCCAAGACGGCGCGCAUGAAAACACAGCGUAUGGAGGACAGUGUAGUGGUGAAGAAGGAGGCGCCAGAGCACUCGCAUACGAAGCUGUUCCACUGUUCUUACAAAGAUUCUUCCUCGGAGGCUUCCAAGAAGUCCUGCCAGGAGACCUUCCGGAAGGCGCCAAAGCUGCCAUCGCCUAUGACAGUGUCGGAGGCUUUUUCGGCGAAUGCAAAGAAUGCGUCAAAGGAGGUGCCUGACCCGGUGGUUGUGAAGACGCCAAAGGAGACUCCCAAGACGCUCUCUCAGGAGUCUUUGAAGGAGGCCCCUGAGAAGCCCUCCGAGGAAACGCCUACGAAAAAUCCUGCGAAAAAGGCGCCUUCGCCCAGUAUGUUUGGCGACGACUCCGACUCGUCGGACGACGACUAUAUUGGAAUUGUUGCAAUGGCCGGCGUUGGUCGUCCCAGGGACCCGCCAAAGCCUGUACCUAGUGAGCGUGACAAGCGCAAGGAGAUUCGGGACCAGAAGAAGCUUCUUGCUCAGUAUUCUGGCUCCCGCCCUUGA